CGCGAUUAUUGGAUCGAAGCAGUGCGUUGUUUUGUGCAAGUCAUGAACGUCAAAUUUAACUUGCUAUAAUUCGACAACAAGAAAAUCUGCGCGGUGCCGGUAUGCUUUACAUUAUAACGGUGUGCAUUGCGGCGGCUGUCCUGUGGCUCUACCUGCGCUGGGUGGCAGUUAGGAACUACUGGGCGAAGCGUGGGGUGCCACACUUGCCUCCAAACCCGAUCUUGGGCAGCUUGACAUUCCUUCAGCAGCAAAAUGCGGGUGUAUGGAUGCGUCGGAUGUAUGAACGUUUCAAAACGCCCUACAUCGGUAUUUGGUUGUUCUGGAGACCGGCCCUCAUCAUCAACUCGCCGGAACUCGCCCGUCUUGUGCUGGUCAAGGAUUCCGCCAACUUCAGAGAUCGAUUUGUGUCAGGCGGCGACGCGGACCCUAUCGGGAAACUCAACUUGUUCACCGUUAAAGACCCUGCGUGGACCAACAUACGCCGUCGUUUGACCAGCACAUUCACAGCAGCCAAACUCAGGAUUCUACAGAACGUCAUUCGUUCAAAGUCCAAGGAACUAGUUCAAAGAAUUAAGAGAGAACAAAAAAGCGGAAUACAUUUAAAGUCAUUAUACGCAGAUUACACUACCGAUGUAAUAGGAAUAUCUGCUUUUGGUGUCGCCUGUGAUGCAACCCUGACUGGCAAAAGUCAUCUCAGAUCAGUCACCGAAGAGUUUAUGAAAUACAGUAUCCUGCGGGGUGUUGGCUGGUGUAGCAUGUUCUUCUUUCCGGAAGUGGUUGACUUAUUCAGAUUUAAAUUAUUUCCAAAAUCAUCGACAGAUUACUUUAAAAAGGUUUAUAGAGCCGCUGUAGCGCAGCGUGAAGCAAACACUGACGCAGCAGGGGAGCCGAGAGAUUUACUUGAUGCUUUGUUGAAAAUUAAAAAAGAAAGUGAUGAACGCAAUGAAAGUUAUUCAGACGACUUCAUAGUUGCCCAGGCAGCAAUAAUCUUAUCCGGUGGAUAUGAUACUUCUGGGUCCUUGUUGGCUUUUAUUACAUAUGAAUUAGCCUACCAUCCUGAACUACAGGAAAAAUUGUACGAAUAUCUACUUGAAGCGAAAGAGGUCAAUGGUAGCGAUGAUUUUACUUCCGAACAAUUGGCAGACAUGACCUAUCUUAACAGUGUUAUCAAAGAGGGUCUCCGAAAGUAUUCUCCUAUGAGUUGGCUGGACAGGGUCUCCGCUGAAGACUACAAGGUUGAUGAUAAGCUGACAAUCAAAGCAGGCACCCCAGUGUACGUCAAUGGUAUCGGCAUGCAUUACGAUCCAGAUUACUUCCCCGAUCCAGACAAGUUUGAUCCCGAUAGAUUUUCGCCAGAAAACGAAAAAGACAUCAAACCUUAUACUUACAUGCCUUUUGGAGAAGGUCCAAGGAUUUGCAUAGGACAAAGGUUUGGCUUGAUGACUAUGCGCUUUGCAAUGGUAUCUAUAUUUUUGAACUACAGAGUAAUUCCAUUACCAGAAAUGCCAAAACCUGUUGACAUAACCAUUGAUGAACGAGGAAUUUUUUACUCCCCUGGACAAGUCAUAUCUGUUGAAUUUGUACCCAGAGUUUAAUAUUUACGGUGUUAAUUUAAAUAUUUUCCGACUUUUUUUUA